ACAUUGUUGGAACUGGCAGCAGAGAAGGGAGACCUCCAUUGAUGACUGCACCAAUGAUGGAGGAGGACCGUAGUCACAUGACUGAGAAGAUACUAAACCUCACCCUGGAGAUCAUCUACCUGCUGACCGGAGAGAGUUUUCCUCUUCUGAAAUCUGGUGAUCAUGUGACCAUCACAGUGCCUCCGUGUGACUCCUCAAAACCCGAGAGACCCAACAUGAAGAAGAUUCUAGAAGUCACCAAGAAGAUCACUGAGCUGCUGACGGGAGAGAGCGGAGACCUCGGGGAUUAUAAUAUUGUUGUGAAAGAAGAAUAUAAAGAGGAGGAUGAGGAGUACGGGGUGACGGAGGAACCUCCUGAAGGACACAAGGAGGUUAUGAGAAGGCCACGUAGAAAGAGGAACCCACCAGAGAAAUGUCCCCGUCCUCUGUAUUCCCGGGACUCCACCCAGGAAGAUCUCACCAUCACCCGCCAUGGUCAGGGUGAAGAUCUGAUGAAGAUGAAAGUUGAGGGUGAAGUAGAAGAGACGUAUGUGAGGGAUGAUCAGCGAUAUACGGAGGAGGAGGCCGGAAUGAUGAGGACUUCCAUAGAGGAGGACACGCCUACACAGAUCAGCACAGGACACGCCAUGGAGGAACCCUCAAAGGAUCCUCUGACUUUAUCUCCAGGUUGUAAGAUGGAAGAUGAGGACAUCACAGCAGAUUGUGCGGGAGAAGAGACAAUGAGCUCCGCUAUGGAUGGUGGACCUCACAGUGUGGAUGGAACACAGAAUCCCUCUGACUCUGAGCAACCUCGUCCGGUGGGGGGUGGUGCCGGAAUUCAGGGGAAGAAAACAUUUCCCUGUCCUGAGUGCGGGGAAAGUUUUCGGUCUGAGUUACGUCUUUGCAUACAUCAGAGAACACACACGGGUGGGGAGCUUCAUUCCUGUCCUGAGUGCGGGAAAAUCUACCUUUGCAAGUCCGCACUGAACACUCAUUACAGAUCUCACACCGGGGAGAAACCGUACACCUGCCUUGAGUGCGGGAAAUGUUUUUCACGCAGAUCAGACCUAGUUAUACACGAAAGAUCUCACACAGGGGAGAGGCCAUAUUCUUGCCCUGAGUGCGGGAAACGGUUUUCACAGAAGACCAGCCUUUACAGACAUAAGAGAUUGCACACGGGGGAGAAGCCAUAUUCCUGCCCUGAGUGCGGGAAAUGCUUUUCACAGUUAUCCCUUCUUAACACCCAUCAGAGGUCACACACAGGAGAGAAGCCAUACUCCUGUCCUGAGUGCGGAAAAGGUUUUACACGAAAUUUUACGCAGAAAUCAGACCUUGUUAUACAUCAAAGAUCUCACACAGGGGAGAGGCCGUAUUCCUGUCCCAAGUGCGGAAAAAGUUAUAUACACAAAUCAGACCUUGUUAGACAUCAAAGAUCUCACUCGGGGGAAAAGCCGUAUUCCUGCCACGAAUGUGGAAAAUGUUUCUCACGGAACUUUAGUCUUACUAGACAUCAGAUUUGCCACACGGGAGAAAAGCCAUUUUCCUGCCUUGAGUGUGGGAAAUGUUACACAUGGAAAUCAGACUUUGUCAUACAUCAGAGGUCUCACACAGGGGAGAAGCCGUAUUCCUGCCCUGAGUGCGGGAAAUGUUUCUCACAGAAGUCUUGUUUUACCAAACAUCGGAGAACCUGUCGGGUAUUGGAACCAGAUUAUGAUUGA